AUGACUUCAUCCAACCCUGACCAGCGCCUGGAGCAUCUCCUCAGCGCCGUGGAGAGCGAGUUCCAGAAGGGCAGCGAGAAGGGAGACGCUUCCGAGAGGGAUAUUAAACUGGCACUAGAAGAUGCUGACCUAUGGACCAAGUUCAAAGAGUUAACCAACGAGAUGAUUGUCACCAAAACGGGAAGGAGGAUGUUUCCAGUGCUCAGGGCCAGUGUCACCGGGUUAGACCCCAACGCCAUGUACUCGGUGCUGUUGGAUUUCGUGGCGGCGGACAACAACCGGUGGAAAUAUGUGAACGGGGAGUGGGUUCCCGGAGGCAAGCCGGAGCCCCAGAGCCCCAGCUGCGUCUACAUCCACCCGGACUCCCCCAACUUCGGAGCGCACUGGAUGAAAGCGCCCGUUUCCUUCAGCAAAGUCAAACUGUCCAACAAACUGAACGGGGGCGGACAGAUCAUGCUGAACUCCUUGCACAAAUAUGAGCCGAGGAUACACAUCGUGAAGGUUGGAGGGAUUCAGAAAAUGAUCAGCAGCCAGUCCUUCCCUGAGACACAGUUCAUUGCUGUCACAGCUUACCAGAAUGAAGAGAUUACUGCUCUGAAGAUUAAGCACAAUCCCUUCGCCAAAGCGUUCCUAGACGCCAAGGAAAGGAGCGACCAUAAAGAUGUGCCUGAUCACAGUGCAGAAAGUCAACAGUCUGGCUAUUCUCAACUUGGAGGUUGGUUCCUCCCAGGCCAGAGUCCCAUCUGCCCCAGCAGCAGCCCCCCACAGUUCAGUGGGACUGCAGGCCAUUCCUCUGGCUCCUACUGCGACCGAUACUCGAGCCUGAGAAGCCACAGAGCGGCCCCGUACCCCAGCCACUACCCCCACCGCAGCUCCAGCACAAACAACUACAUGGACAACACUUCAGGCACUCUGCCUACUCAUGACAGCUGGUCCGCUCUUCAGAUUCCCAACUCAACAGGCAUGGGCACUCUGUCCCACACCACCAACUCCACGUCCAACUCAAGCCAGUACCCCAGCCUAUGGUCAGUAGCAGGGACAACCCUCACCCCUUCAGGCUCGGCCUCAGGCUCCAUCGCCGGGGGUUUGACCUCGCAGUUCCUGAGGGGCUCCUCCUACACAGGCCUGACCUCCUCGCUGCCCGUCUCCUCACCAUCCUCCAUGUACGACCCCAGCCUGACUGAAGUCGGGGUUGGGGAAGCCCAGUUUGAGAGCUCCAUUGCCAGGCUGACAGCAUCCUGGGCGCCAGUGGCCCAAAGCUACUGA